UUUGUUGCCAAGUGCCGUUGGUUGGUGCAGCCAUACACUCCGCAGGCAAACCACACAACACACCAACCAACCAAACACACUCUCGCCAUCGUCGUUGAUGGUGCACAGAUUCAUACGGCGAGCGACCAGGAUCCACGCAAACACACUCACACUCACACACACUCACUCAGACACACAACACACACACUAUUUGCUGGGGGCUUGUUUGGUUGCCGUUUAUUUCUUUUUUGAAGACGGAAAUCAGGGUAGGGCGAUAGGCGCAACCACCACCACCACCAUCGAACACCAGCAACGACAUGUCGUCGUUGCGGCCGUUCACCCCAGCUUCACAAUCGAAGCAACGCGGGUUGUACUCUGACCUCACACAACAACCUCAUCGUGCGUCGGCUAAGCAUGCCAUCACCAAGCCCAACACACGCGUUCGCUUGCAAACAACCAAUGCGGCUGUUGGAGCGGCCCAAUUCAAGCCAAAGAACCCUGUGUCUCUAAAGCCGAGACGACCCGCCGCAAACCCUACUUCGGUACCGCGACGGGCAUUUGAGCCCAAGGUUCAAAAGGCGUUUGUGGUGCAGGCAGAGGAAGUACCGCGCAAGAUUGAGGUGGAGCGGCGCAAGCGCUCGUUUGCCGCCAAAGACAUCGAGACCCUGCUGGCAGAACGCUCCCUCACCAACAAGCACUUGCUGCCCACCGGCCCGUUUUCCUCGCUCACGAACUCCAGUGCUGACACCGAGAGCGGGCAGCAGUCUGCUGGGGAAGCCACGCACGAUGUCGCCAUCACCGUCUCCAACACAGAGGACGAAGACGUCAAGGCUGAAGACCAAGUCAAGCACAAACAGCAGCACACACAGCAGCACAAACAGCAGCAGCACCCUGCAGCGGACUCAGCUGACAGUUCAGAUGCUCCCCCAACGUUCAAUCUUCCACUGGAACUGUUUGACGAUGUUGAUUUUGACGAUCGCAACCCCGAGGAGUGGAUGGACCUCGUACAAGACGCUGCAGCCGCCGUCACCAGCGCCCCCGCCAGCAAUAGCAGCAGCAGCAGCGCUGACACAGACAACGCUGACAAUGUACAAGAAGAAACCGCAACAGCAAACGACGCUGACGUUUCCUCCUCACAGCGCGGCGUGCCCGCCAAGACCUUACAUCAGCAGAGCGAUGGGAGUCUUGUGUGGACAUCCUGCCUGGUGCAGAGUUAUGAUAUGGAUGCAGGCUUGUACACAGUUGAGCUGACUAACACAACCAGCAAUGCCGCCGGCGCUGACGGUGAUGGUGAGCCUGUUGUACAGCAGCGGCCGCGGCUUCUCGUACUGUUUGUUGCCGAGAACCCUGAGGUGUUUGCAGACCGCGUUGCAGCUGCAUACAAGCUGCGCCGUGACACAGAGUCGCCCGUUUUCACCCCCCCAAACCUUUACAGCCCCCUUCCUGCUGUUGCCAUGUUUUCAUUUGCUCAUGAUCUCUCACGAUCCUACUUAUCCCCCCUCCCACAUCCCCCUCACCCUCACCACCUCCUCCGCCCCAAAACUCACCACCUCCUCCAUCCUUGCAGGAAAGGAGACGCGACGAAGCAGGCCACGGUCAAGCGCCUGAAGGAGGAAGUGGCGCUGCUGUACGGGCGAUGCAUGAACGAACUUGUCAUGGAGAAGGUGCUACCGCGCCUACGCCUCACGCAGCCCGCCCUCUUUGCCGACAUUGUCAUUCCUCCCCGGCCCCGCGAGCGUGUGCCGGAGCAAGGGCGCGUGGCCGUGCCGCCGUUUGACAUGGACGAGCGGCAGUCUGUGAUUCGCUCGGGCGCAUUCACCAUCAACAAGGCCGUCAAGAACGCGCUGGCCAAGGUGCACUUGGAGGCGGAGAAGGUCACCACGCAGUCACUCUUCAACAUCAACCUCAUGAAGUACAUGGUCCUGGACGAGUUCCAGCUCAUGCAGACGCAGACGUACCAGCACGUGCACGGCUUCCUGAAGAACGUGUGGGUGCCUGCCACCAAGAAUGUCGUCAUCUCCUCGCUGCGCUCCUUCGGCAAGGGCUGGUUCAACCUGCAGGAGACAGACCAGCACGCCUACGACAAGGGCAAGCUCAAGCGCCUCUUCCGCCUCAUCAAGCUGGUCAUGCAGGACGCCCUGCGCACGCUGGUCAAGCAGUCCGUGCGCGGGCUCACCACCGCGCUGCGGCGCUGCUCAGAGCCCGUCAUUCGCCACAAUGCGGACGAGUGGGGCAGCGAGCACCUGUACGACACGCACCUGGCGCCCGACGGCGUCAACCCGCUCUUCCUCAUCACGCUCAACGUGGACGAGGAGCGCCGCGAGUUCACCUUCUCCACGCCCAUGAAGGAGUUCACCCGCACCAUCACGCACAUCUUCGACGAGGGCAUUGCCGCCACCGCCAACAUGCUCGACAUUGAGCCCCUCAUCAUGACACACCUCUUCUGGGUGGGCACACCCACGCUGGAGUCCGUCAACAAGCAGGAGCCCUGGGUGUGCGAGCUGCGCGACAGCGUGACGGAGAACAUCUCGCGCUGCAUUCGCCCGCUGGAGUCGUACCUGCGCAUGUACGAGCGCUACCGCGAGCUGGUUGAUCUGGACGUGGCGUCCUACCUGGAGGAGUUUAUGGCCGACGACCGCGACGCCAACGACGUCAAGAAGGAGUGCGAGAAGCACAUGCGCGCGCGCGAGCGCAUCGGCAAGGAGAUUCCAAACUCGGUGGACAUUGGCAUCUUCCACGUGUCGUGCAUCGAGCUGCGCGGCAAGCUCAUGGCCAAGUGCAAGAAGCUCUCGGACGCGCUGCUGGAGCUGCUGUGCACGAAACUGCGAACGCAGGCGUCGGAGAUCACGGGCCAGUUCAACCGCAUGGCGCAGGUGCUCUUCUCGCGGCCAAACGGCAUCGAGGAGCUCAUGGACCAGCGCGAGUUUAUGAAGACGGUGCCGGAGACGGUCAAGUCCCUGGAAGGAAACAUCAAGCGCACGCUCGCAGAGUGGGACCUCCUGGAAGCCUUCAACGUCAGCCUCUCCGACAGCGACUUUGCCCUGCGCUGGGACGUGUACGGGUGGCCCAAGAAGAUUGCAGAGCAGCUGCACAACACGCGGGAGGUGCUGGACUCGGACCAGGAGCGCUUCAUCGACAACCUCGGCACGGACCAGAAGGAGUUUGCCGAGAACGUGGCCAGCCUGCAGAUGAUUGUGGCCGGCUUUGCGCAGCACCAGGACAUCAAGAAGACGGAGCACGUUGCCGUGGAGGUGCGCAAGAUUGCCAAGGCACUCAAGGAGAGCCAGGAGCUGGCCACCAAGUACAACAACAGGGAGCGGCUGUGCAACCUGCCCGUCACAGACUACGAGCACCUCAACCGCUGCGUCAAAGACUUUGAGCCCUUCAAGAACCUCUGGCUCACCACCGACGAAUGGCUCAAGUCCCACAAGGUGUGGAUGCACGACAACUUCUCUGAGCUUGAUCCCGAGGCGAUGGAGACGCAGAUCAACAGCGCGUCAAAGACCAUCAACAAGUGCCUCAAGGCCUUCAGGGACGUGCCUGGCUGCCUCAAGGUCGCCGAGACGGUGCGCGGAUGGAUUGAGGAGUUCAAGCCAUAUGCACCGCUGAUCCAAGCCCUGCGCAACCCCGGCAUGCGCGAGCGGCACUGGACCAAGCUCUCCGAACACCUUGGCUUUGACGUCAAGCCGAGCGCAGGAUUCACCUUCAAGAAGGUUCUGCAGCUGCAGCUUGACAAGUACAUGGACGUCAUCACAAAGGUUGGCGAGAUUGCGGGCAAGGAGUACGGCAUUGAGCAAGCGCUGGACAAGAUGGAGGCCGAGUGGGCGCCGAUUCAGCUGGAGAUUAUGCCCUACAAGGAGACGGGCACGUGCAUCAUGAAGUCUGCAGAGGAGAGCGCGCAGCUGCUGGAUGACCACAUUGUCAUGACGCAAGCCAUGUCCUUCUCGCCCUACAAGAAGGCGUUUGAGGACCGCAUCGCCACAUGGGAGAACAAGCUGCGUGUCACCCAGGACGUGCUUGAGGAAUGGACGGUGUGCCAGCGCAACUGGCUCUACCUCGAGCCCAUCUUCAGCUCCGAGGACAUCCAGCGGCAGCUGCCCACAGAGUCGAAGCGCUACCAGAAGGUGGACUACAUGUGGCGUCGCUCCAUGGACGCUGCCCAGCGCAACCCAAGCGUCAUCAGCUUCUGCUCUGAUCAGCACCUGCUGGAGACGUUCCGCGAGUGCAACAAGCUGCUGGACCAGGUGCAGAAGGGCCUGAGCGCGUACCUGGAGACGAAGCGGGGCGUGUUCCCGCGCUUCUACUUCCUCGCCGACGAGGAGCUGCUCGAGAUUCUCUCGCAGACCAAGGACCCGACAGCGGUGCAGCCGCACAUGCGCAAGUGCUUCGACAACAUUGCGCGGCUCACCUUCGAGGACGACCUGCGCAUGUCGCGCUUCAACUCGAGCGACGGCGAGAGCGUCGAGUUCAAGGAGGAACUGUACCCCAAGGGCAACGUGGAAGACUGGCUGCUGGAGGUGGAGCGCGUCAUGGUGGUCAGCCUGCGCAGCAUCUUCCACGAGGCCCUCAAGAGCUACGCCGACACGGAGCGCACCCAGUUUGUGCUUGACUGGCCGGGCCAGAUUGUGAUUGCGUGCUGCCAGGCCAUGUGGACGGCGCAGGUGGAGGAGGCCAUCCUGGGCGGGCCCAGCGGCCUGGAGAAGGCAUACGCCAACAUGCAGAAGCAGCUGCUGGACCUCGUGGCCCUCAUCCGCGGCAAGCUCGACCGCAUCAAGCGCAAGGUCAUCUCCGCCCUCAUUGUCAUUGAGGUGCACGCCAAGGACGUCAUGGGCAACAUCAAGAACCUGAGUGUCGGGCGCGUGAGCGACUUUGAGUGGAUCUCGCAGCUGCGCUACUACUGGGAGGAGGACGAGCGUCCGCAGGGCGAGGACCUGCACAUCAAGGCCGUCAACGCCGUUUUCAACUACGGCUACGAGUACCUGGGCAACUCUGGCCGCCUGGUCAUCACCCCGCUCACGGAUCGCUGCUACCUCACCCUGACGGGCGCCCUUGCUCUCGUGUAUGGCGGUGCGCCCGCUGGCCCCGCCGGCACCGGUAAGACGGAGACGACCAAGGAUCUGGCCAAGGCGCUCAGCGUCCAAUGCGUCGUCUUCAACUGCUCCGACCAGCUGGACUACCAGGCCAUGGGCAAGUUCUUCAAGGGCCUCGCCUCCUCCGGCGCCUGGGCGUGCUUCGACGAGUUCAACCGCAUCGACAUUGAGGUGCUCUCUGUCGUGGCACAGCAGGUGUCCACCAUCCAGCAAGCCAUCCGCAACCGCGACAAGCGCUUCUGGUUCGAGGGCGUGGAGCUCUCGCUGCGCUGGACGUGUGCGCCCUUCAUCACCAUGAACCCCGGCUACGCCGGCCGCACCGAGCUGCCAGACAACCUCGCUGCCCUCUUCCGCCCCGUCGCCAUGAUGGUGCCAGACUACGCCAUGAUUGCAGAGAUUAUGCUCUACUCAUUUGGGUUCGACAACGCCAAGUCCCUCGCGCGCAAGAUCACCACCGUCUUCAAGCUGUCCUCGGAGCAGCUGUCUUCCCAGGACCACUACGAUUUCGGCAUGCGUGCUGUCAAGACGGUCAUUAGCGCUGCAGGCAACCUCAAGCGCGCCUUCCCAGACAUGCCUGAGGAUGUGAUUGUGCUGCGCGCCAUCCGCGACGUCAACGUGCCCAAGUUCCUGGUGGACGACCUUGUCCUCUUCAACGGCAUUGUGUCGGAUCUCUUCCCGCAGACGAAGCAGCCCGACGUGGACUACGGCGCGCUGGAAGUCGCCAUCCGCGACACGUGCCGCAAGCACGACCUGCAGCCGGUCGAUGGCUUUGUCACCAAGGUCAUCCAGCUGUACGAGACCACCGUUGUGCGCCACGGCCUCAUGCUUGUUGGGCCCACGGGCUCCGGCAAGACGCGCUGCUACGAGGUGCUGGCCGAUGCGCUAACGUCGCUGCAGGGCGAGCGCGCAGACUCGGGCGCCUUGUACACGCCCGUGCACCCGAACGUGCUCAACCCCAAGUCCAUCACCAUGGGCCAGCUGUACGGCGCUUUCGACGAGAUGACCCACGAGUGGACCGACGGCAUCCUGUCCACGCUGAUUCGCCAGGGCGUCGCGGCAGACGACGACCACAAGCGCUGGUUUGUGUUUGAUGGGCCCGUCGAUGCCAUCUGGAUCGAGAACAUGAACACCGUGCUCGACGACAACAAGAAGCUCUGCCUUGCCUCUGGCGAGAUUAUCGCCCUCACCCCGACCAUGACCAUGAUGUUCGAGGUGGAGGACCUGACCGUCGCCUCCCCGGCCACGGUGUCGCGCUGUGGCAUGGUCUACCUCGAGCCGUCCAUCCUCGGCCUGCAGCCGUUUGUGGAUUCGUGGCUGCAGAGCGCCCUGCCCGAGGACAUCAAGCCGUUCUCGGACCAGCUGCGCUCCCUCUUCUCCACAUACAUGGAGCCUGCCAUCCACGUGGUGCGGCGCCAGACCAAGGAGGUGGUCACCACCGUCGACUCGCAGCUGGCCGUGAGCCUCAUGAAGAUGCUGGACUGCUUCUUCCGGCCCUACGUCCGCAAGGAGGGCUUUGAGAUCCCCGCCAACCGCCUGGACAUGCUGCCCACCAUGAUUGAGCCGUGGUUCAUCUUCUCGCUCAUCUGGUCCGUUGGUGCGUCCUGCGACGAGUCUGGCCGCGCCAUCUUCGACUCCUGGCUGCGCGAGACCAUGGCCAGCGCUGGCGCCAGCAUGCCCUUCCCGGACGACGGUACCGUGUACGACUACCGCCUCAGCAACGACGGCGCAUUCGCUGCGGGCGAGGAGGAAGAGGACGAGGGCGACCACGACGAGGACAGCGACGCCGCUGCUGGCGGCGAUGGUGACUUGCACUGGGUGCUCUGGUCAACAUACCUGCCAGACUUCACCGUCAACCCCAAGGACGAGUUCUCCAGCAUCAUCGUGCCGACGGUGGACACGAUGCGCUACUCGUACCUGGUGGAGAAGCUGGUUGUGGCCUCCAAGCCGCUGCUGGUUGUCGGCCGCACGGGUACGGCCAAGACGCUCACGGUGAGCACGAAGCUGCUGCACUCCAUGCCCUCGCAGUACAUUGCGCACUUUAUUGCCUUCUCCGCGCGGACGUCCGCCAACCAGACACAGGACAUGAUUGAUGCAAAGCUGGACAAGCGCCGCAAGGGCAUCUUCGGCCCGCCGCUCGGCAAGCAGUUUGUGUUCUUUGUUGACGACCUGAACAUGCCCGCCAAGGAGGAGUACGGCGCCCAGCCACCGAUUGAGCUGCUGCGCCAGUGGCAAGACCACGGUGGCUGGUACGACCGCAAGAACAUUGGCGCCUUCCGCAAGCUCGUGGACAUGACGUUUGUGUGCGCCAUGGGCCCGCCCGGCGGCGGCCGCAACCCAAUCACGCAGCGGUUCACGCGCCACUUCAACUUCCUCGCCUUCACGGAGAUGAGCUCGAGCGAGAAGGCAACCAUCUUCGAGCCCAUCCUCGACGCGUACUUGCGGCAGACGGAGGGCCUGGCAGAGAACCUGGCCGCCGAGCUUGUGCGCACCACCAUUGGCGUGUACGACACCAUCACGCGCGAGCUCCUGCCCACGCCGGCCAAGGUGCACUACACGUUCAACCUGCGCGACCUGGCCAAGGUGUUCCAGGGCAUGCUGAUGAACGACGUGGGCACGCUCCGCGAGACGCCAGACGUGAUUCGCCUGUGGACGCACGAGUGCCGGCGCGUGUUUCGCGACCGCCUCAUCAACGACGAGGACCGCGAGUGGUUCAACUCCCUCACCCGCGGGCGCGUCACAGAGACGUUCUCGCUCGAGUGGGGUGACGUCGUUGCACGCGAGCCCGUGCUGUAUGGCGACUUUAUGGACGGCUCUGCGGACAACCGCAAGUACAAGGAGCUGCCUGGCCUGGAGAAGAUCAAGGCUGUCAUGGACGAGGCGCUGGAGGACUACAACAGCUCCACCACGGCGCGCAUGAAGCUGGUGCUGUUCGAGGACGCCAUUGAGCACGCCUGCCGCAUCAGCCGCAUCAUCCGCCAGCCUCUCGGCAACGCGCUGUGCCUCGGCGUGGGCGGCUCCGGGCGCCAGAGCAUGACGCGCCUGGCGGCGUUCAUGGCGGACUUUGAGUGCUUCCAGAUUGAGCUGUCGAAGAACUACGGCCUACCGGAGUGGCGGGAGGACCUGCGCACGGUGCUGAAGAAGGCUGGCCUGCAGGACCAGCAGGUGGUGUUCCUCUUCAGCGACACGCAGAUCAAGGACGAGAGCUUCCUGGAGGACCUGAACAACAUCCUGAACAGCGGCGACGUGCCGGGCAUCUACGACCCGUCGGAGCAGGACGAGAUCUUCACCGCCAUGAAGCCCGUCGUGCAGGCGGCGGGGCAGGCGCCCACUAAGACAAACUUCAUGACUGCGUACUGCAGGCGCGUGCGGCGCAACAUCCACUGCGUGGUGUGCAUGUCGCCGAUUGGCGAGGUGUUCCGCUCGCGGCUGCGCCAGUUCCCGGCGCUCGUCAACUGCUGCACGAUUGACUGGUUCAGCGCGUGGCCAGAGCAGGCGCUGCGCUCUGUGGCGACGUACUUUAUGAACGACCUGCCCGAGCUGCACCACGACGACGCGCUGGUGGACGGCCUGGUCACCGCCUGCGUCAAUGUGCAGCAGUCCGUGCUCAACAAGUCUGCGCAGUUUGAGGCGGAGCUUGGCCGCGUCAACUUUGUCACGCCCACCAGCUACCUGGACCUCUUGGGCAUCUUCUCCAAGAUGCUUGGGCAGAAGCGCAAGUCGCUGCUGGAGAGCAGGAACCGCACGGCGGUUGGCCUGGACAAGCUGCUGGAGACGGCGGACGAAGUGGCGAAGCUGCAGGAGGAGCUGCGGCAGAUGCAGCCCAUGCUCAAAGAGGCCAAGGAGGAGACGGAGGCCACCAUGAAGAAGAUUGCCGAGGACACCAAGAUUGCGGAGGAGACGGCCAAGCAGGUUGGCAAGGAGGAGGCCGAGGCCAACGCAAAGGCGCAGGAGACGCAGGAGAUUGCGGACGACGCGCAGCGCGACCUGAACGAGGCGCUGCCGGCCCUGGACGCGGCCGUGGCCAGCCUCAAGUCGCUCAACAAGAACGACAUCACGGAGGUCAAGGCCAUGCAGAAGCCGCCAGCCGGCGUGCGGCUGGUGAUGGAGGCCGUGUGCAUCAUGUUUGGCGUGAAGCCGAAGAAGGUUGCCGGCACCAAGGUGGGCGAGAAGGUGGACGACUACUGGUCGGCAAGCCUGCCGCUGCUGCAAAACCCGCAGAAGUUCCUGGAUUCGCUGUUCAACUUUGACAAGGACAACAUCCCGGAGAAGAUUAUCGCGCGCAUCGAGCCGUACAUGACCAACGAGAACUUCACGCCGCAGGCCGUGGAGAAAUCGUCGCGCGCGUGCACGUCCAUCUGCAAGUGGGUGCGCGCCAUGCACAAGUACCACCACGUGGCGAAGAACGUGGAGCCGAAGCGGCAGCGCCUGGCGCAGGCCAAGGAGGAGCUGGCCAUCACCAUGGCGCAGCUGGACAACGCCAAGGCGCGCCUCAAGGAGGUGAACGACCGCAUUGCGGAGAUGCAGGCCAAGUACGAGGCCAUGGUGACGAAGAAGCAGCAGCUGGAGGACAAGGCGGAGGAGUGCUCGCUCAAGCUGCAGCGCGCGGAGAAGCUCAUCUCGCUCCUGGGCGACGAGAAGGUGCGCUGGAAGGAGUCUGUGGAGCGCAGCGACAAGCUGGUCGUCAACGUGGUGGGCGACGUCGUCGUGUCUGCGGGCACGGUUGCCUACCUGGGCCCAUUUACGAGCGAGUACCGCAGCGCGCUGACGGCGCAGUGGCGCGAAGACCUUGCCGCCCUGAACGUGCCGCACACUGAGGGCGCGGACCUCGUGUCGACGCUGAGCGACCCCUUGGAGCUGCGUGACUGGCAGAUCCACGGGCUGCCCAACGACGCCAUGUCCACGGAGAACGCGUGCGUGGUGAAGUUCUCGCAGCGCUGGCCGCUGUUCAUCGACCCGCAGGCGCAGGCGAACAAGUGGAUCAAGGAGAUGGAGGCGGAGAAGCUGGUGACCAUGAAGCUGACAGACCGCGACUUUUUGCGCAGCCUCGAGAACGCGGUUCGCUUCGGCAACCCGUGUCUGCUGGAGAACGUUGGGGAGGAGCUUGACCCUGCGCUGGAGCCCAUCCUGCUGCGCCAGACGUUUAAGCAGGCCGGCAGCCUGGUGAUCAAGCUGGGCGACUCCACCAUCCCGUACCACGACGACUUCAAGUUCUACAUCACCACGAAGCUGCCCAACCCGGUGUACACGCCCGAGGUGUCGACAAAGGUGACCAUCAUCAACUUCACGCUCUCGCCGAGCGGGCUUGAGGACCAGAUGCUUGGCCUUGUUGUGGCCAAGGAGCGCCCGGACUUGGAGGAGGCGAAGAAUGCGCUCAUCAUCCAGAACGCCAAGAUGAAGCAGGAGCUGGCUGAGAUUGAGAGCCGCAUUCUGAAGAUGCUGAGCGAGUCCAAGGGGUCGCCCGUGGACGACGAGGAGCUGAUCAACACGCUGGACGCGUCCAAGGCCAAGUCGCAGGAGAUCACGGCCAAGGUGCAGGUGGCGGAGGAGACGGAGCGCGACAUUGACGAGACGAGAAGCAAGUACGUGCCCGUCGCCGUGCGCACGCAGAUUCUGUUCUUCUGCACGACGGACCUUGCGCACGUGGACCCGAUGUACCAGUACUCGCUGGAGUGGUUCCGCAACCUCUUCCUGGCGGGCAUUGAGAAGUCGGAGCCCGCAGACGAGCUGGACCAGCGCAUCGAGAACAUCAACAACUUCUUCACCUUCAGCCUGUACCGCAACGUAUGCCGGUCGCUGUUUGAGAAGCACAAGCUGCUGUUCUCGUUCCUGCUGUGCGCGCGCAUCCUGAUGAACGAGGACCGCAUUGACAUGGCCGAGUGGCGGUUCCUCAUCAGCGGGAGCUCCAUUGUCCCCGACGAGAUGGAGAACCCGGCCCCGUCCUGGCUCAACGAGCGCGCCUGGAAGGAGCUGCGCCAGCUAUCCGACCUGCCGCGCUUUGCGGGCCUGUGCACGGAGUUUGCCGAGCUGGAGGACGGCUUCAAGCGCAUCUUCGACAGCCUCGAGCCGCACCGCGAGCCCCUGCCCGGGCGCUGGCAGGACGAGCUGGACGACUUCCAGAAGAUUCUGGUCAUUCGCUGCCUGCGCCUGGACAAGGUGUCGCCCAUGAUGCAAGAUUUUGUUGCGCGCCACCUCGGGCAGCGCUUCAUUGAGCCGCAGACAACCAACCUGUCCAUGGUGUUCCCGGACUCGUCUGCGACGGUGCCGCUCGUGUUUGUGCUCUCACGCGGCACGGACCCUGCGGCCGACCUGUACAAGUUUGCGGAGGAGAUGAAGUUUACGAAGAAGCUUGCGUCCAUCUCGCUCGGGCAGGGCCAGGGCCCGCGGGCGGAGGCCAUGUUCAAGGCGGCGACGGAGCGCGGCACGUGGGUGUUCUUCCAGAACUGCCAUCUUGCGCCAAGCUGGAUGCCGACGCUGGAGCGGCUGGUGGAGAACAUUGACCCGGCCAAGGUGCACCGCGACUUUAGGCUCUGGCUGACCAGCAUCCCCAGCCCCAAGUUCCCCGUGUCGGUGCUGCAGAACUCGUCCAAGAUGACGGUUGAGCCGCCGCGCGGGAUCAAGGCGAACCUGAUGGAGGCCUUUGACGCGUUUGACGACGACUACCUCACCAACUCCAACAAGCCGGAAUCGUACCGCCGGCUGCUGUUUGCGUUGUGCCUGUUCCACGGCGUGCUACUUGAGCGGCGCAAGUUUGGCUCGCUCGGCUUCAACAUCCGCUACCCGUACAACAAGAGCGACCUGGCCAUCUGCCUGACGCAGCUGCGCAUGUUCCUGGACGACUACGACACGCCGCCGUACAAGGUGCUGACGUACACGGCUGGGCAGAUCAACUAUGGCGGGCGCGUCACGGACGACUGGGACCGCCGCUGCCAGAUGACGAUUCUGCAGGACUUUUACAACGAGAGCGUGCUUGACCCAGACCACGCGUUCUCGCCGUCUGGCGUGUACAAGCAGACGGACGCGGUGGAUUACGAGGACUUCCUCACGCACAUUGCGUCGCUGCCCAUCAACGACAGCCCGGAGAUUUUUGGUCUGCACGACAACGCCAACAUCAGCUUUGCCAACAACGAGACGACCGAGUUGCUUGCAGGCAUUCUUGCGACGAGUGGCGGCGGCAAAGGGGGCAAGGGUGCUGGCGAUCGGGAGAAGGUCAUCACGGAAGUUGCAGAGAGCAUCCUCAAGCGCUGUCCAAAGCCCAUGGAUGUGGAGCACGUGCAAACCAAGCACCCUGUUCGCUACGAGGAGUCCAUGAACACCGUCCUCAUCCAGGAGGUGAUUCGGUUUAACCGGCUGCUGUCUGUGAUGCACUCGUCCCUGCACGAUGUGCUCAAGGCCCUGAAGGGACUUGUGGUCAUGAGCGAGGAGCUGGAGCUGCUGUCCAACAGCUUGUUCAACAACAUUGUCCCGGACAUGUGGUCCGCCAAGGCCUAUCCUUCGCUCAAGCCGCUUGCGUCAUGGGUGGAGGACUUGCUGCGGCGCGUCGAGUUUAUUCAGCACUGGAUCGACAACGGUAUUCCCGUGACGUUCUGGAUUUCCGGAUUCUACUUCCCACAGGCGUUCUUGACCGGCACGCUUCAGAACUAUGCUCGCAAGCACGUCGUCAGCAUUGACUCUCUCUCCUUUGACUUUGAGGUUCUUCGCAUUUCCCACGAAGACAUUGUCACCAAGCCCGAGGAUGGCUGCUACAUCUACGGCCUGUUCCUUGAGGGCGCCCGGUGGGAUGCCGAGGAGCACCUGCUGGCCGAGUCGCGACCAAAGGAGUUGUACACGAGCAUGGCGCCCAUCUGGCUCAAGCCCGUGCCAGACCGCGCGGUGCCAGAGUCUGGCAUGUACGUGUGUCCGUGCUACAAGACACUGCAACGCGCAGGCACGCUGUCGACGACCGGGCACUCGACCAACUUUGUGCUGCCGCUGGAGAUUCCAUCCGACAAGCCACAGCGGCACUGGAUCAAGCGGGGCGUUGCGUUAAUAUGCGCCCUCGACUACUGAGCCAUCGCACGUGCUCAUUCGUGCUCUGUGAUUGUGUGUAUGUGUGUGUAUGUGUGUGUGUGUGUGCGCGAAACUCUGCGGCGCGCGUUCGUGCUUGUGAAACUCGGCAGUGUGUGUGUGUGUGUGUUUGGCCUUGUUGCAGUUGUUUGUUUGUUGUGUUUGACGUUGCUUUUUCGUGUACAUCUCCUGCUCUGCCUUCGUUGCGUUGCUCUGUUUGUUUGAUGGGUCAUCACUUGCCCUUGUCAUGGCUGAGUUUGUUGCUUUGGUGUCACGUUCAUGGUGUGUUGUCUGUGUAUGGACUGAGAAACUGAAGUACAACGAACCCAACUUGCAGCAAAGGAA